UUGUCAUCACUAUAUUGCCCUCAAAUUCGUAACCUGUCCAAAAAAAAAAGAACGAAUAAAUGUUUGAUUUAAGUGUUUGUUGCAGUACGUACGGUAAUAAAUAUUGAGUGUGAUCCUAACUGCGGAUCGUCUGUGUGUGGCGCAGCCGCAACCAAUUCGUUUUGCUCGUUAAAUGAUGUCCAAAAACAACAAUCAGCAGAACCGGGCGAUGUAUCAGAAUCAAAGCCAGAACCAGCAGCAGCACAUCCACAAUGCUCGUGUUGCUGCUGCACCGUACAGGAAACCCUUUCGCGGGCCACCAAAGAUGUACUCAUCCUGCCAGAUGCCCAGCGAUCCACUCUACAUAGACUUCAACAGCCCCACCGCGGCCAGCAAGCCACCGACCAAGCCGGCUGCCCAGUCGCAGUCGCCGUUAAAGACUUCUGCCCGUCCUCCGGCUGCUGCUGCAGCCACCGCCAAGCCACAGGCCACUGCCCCAGGUCCUGCUGGGAGCUGGAAGCCGCUCAAACAGGCGACAAAGCAGCAGCAGCCCAAGGCUAAGCAGCAACUGCCACAGCAGCAGGGACACCUGAACGGACAUGCGCACGCAAAUGGAAAUGGCAGCGGUGACGGCAGCCACAAAUGGCCACCAAAGCCGCGCUUUCAUCCUCACAAUCGCUUCAACGGCGGCGGCUGCAACGGUGGCUUCAACCGGCCGCCACCUCUCCAUGGCUGUGCGCCUCACAUGAUGCCGCUGAUGGGUCCCGGACCACGCUGCGGUGGACCAAUGCCAAUGCCGCCAUAUCCACCGAUGCCUUAUCCGCCACAAAUGGUGCCGCCCAUGGCCAUGCGCUGUCCGAUGCCACCGAUGGGCGGUCCACUACCGCCACCGCCACCGCCACACUUUAUGCGCCACAAUGGACGCGGUGCACCCAUGCACAUGAUGGGCGGUCCGCCCAUGCAUCUGAUGGGUCCACGCAUGCCGCCGCGUGGCCCACCGCCCGGCGUGCCCUACAUGAACGGCGGCCCCAACGGGGGCAGAAUCAAGAAGCCAAAUCCCGUGCUCAUCAAGCAGGUGGUCAAGGGCAAGAGCACCAUUAAGACGCUCAAGAAUAUGGUGAACCAGUAUCCACUGGACAAGCCCUGGGUGACGGAGCAAAUACGCGGCGAGCACGACAAGAAGGUGAACAUUGAGAAUCGUUUGAAGGGCAAGAAGGACGAUGCGCUCUUUGCGCAGUUCAAGGUGCAGCGCGACAAGUUUGUGGCGCAGUACGAGGCAGCGCGCGAGAAUUACCUAAAGCAAGAGGCAGCCUCUGUUAUGGCCAAGGAUGCCAAAACAGACAAAGAAAAAGAGAAAGAGAAAGACAAAGAAAUAAACACAAAUUCGAAUGCAGCAACUGCGAGUCUGUAGGAGAGACCGAAGCGAGCAGCAGCAACAAGAUGAAGAAGUCUGAGUAACAUAAGCAGCUCCGAUGGCGAGGAUCGAGUGUGCCAGAGCCAAGGCUGCAUGCAGCUUAAUUGCGUUAUCCAACACCAGCCCCUAAGCCCUGGCUUAACCCAAGCCUACCCCAUCCUUAUCCCUAGCUUAACCCUCCACCUACCCCUACCCACUGCUGUUGCCUGUCGCUUCUCGUCCGAGUCGCAGAUAUUAGAAUAUGCCUAGCCAUAUUUAUUAUUAUUAUUAAUUAUUGUAUCCCCCCGAGAGAGCUUUUGCUGCAACCCAAGAACUGAUUGUAUUUUCUAGGCUCUGCGCUUAGAAAUCUACAAUUGAGUUGACACUUUGUAAAUAACUUUGCCAGCCAGCCGACUGCUCAUUUGUUUGUACACUGUACACCCCAGUUUGUACUUGUUCCUGCCACCCAAGCCUCUUGUAAAUAGACAUAGAGACAGACACAUCCCUCCAUCCACGCACCACCCACCAGGCACCCAUCAGCCAACAGGCGACACUGUUCCCCGUCCAGCAAAAGGAAUUCCAAC